AUGUAUGGCAGUGUGUGUCAUAAGGAUUGCUCCAAUGUCUAUGUAAACUGCUCUCUAGCCGGUUUGUUGGACUGCGAAGAGAAGUUUGCCAACUCCACUGCUGUGGUGUUCCCCGAGGUGGGCAACACCUUUGACCUCGCCUACUAUGGUGGUCCGUCCGCCUACACCAUCCCAUGUCUAGACAUCAAUGAAAUCGGCAGUAACAGGACUGAACAGUUUACAUGCCCAAGUCCAUUGAUAGGAAGGAACUCGACAGGUAGACAGAGACAGAUCGAUGAGGAGAAUGGAUACACGUUUGCAGGUGACACCAUGCCUUGCGUAUUCCCAUGUCCAGCUCCUAUAUUCUCAACGCGUCAAUGGAGCAUGUUCAAGCGUGCCGUAGAGAUUACCGCGACUAUAUCAUUCAUCUGCACGUCGGUCGUGUUGUUCACGUACGCCGUACUGAACAAGAAGUAUGACAGACAUGCCAUCUGUAUCAUUGGUAUCUCAUUUGGAUUGUGGAUAAGCAAUAUGACCGAUUUCCUUUUGUUUGGCGCUGGAUGGGAGUUGCAAUGUCCCGAGCCAGGCCGUCAGAGUGUUCAAUCCGAUAGAAUCUGCGCUGCUCAAGGUAUCCUAUUCCAGUUUGGUGUCAUCACAUCCAUCCUCUGGUGGUCAACCAUGGCCUUUGAUCUCUGGUUGGUGUUGCGCAGAGUCAAGACCCAAAAGUCAUAUGAGAAGUACUAUACUGUAGUGAUCACACUGAUUGCUGUCUUCCUGACAGUCUUGCCAGCUGGAAUGAACAAAUAUUCAUCAACCUUUGGAGGCAUGGGAUGUUGGAUUGGCGACAACAACUUCCUCAAUGGAGUCUUCUGGGGACCACUCACAUUCUGUCUCUUAGUUGGAAUUGUCUUUAUCAUAUUGAUUUUACGCGAAGUCUACAAGGUUGUCAAACGAGUUGACACUGGAAAGAAGAAGUCAAUGAGAAUGAUCAGAUACAAUCUGAAGCCAUUCCUGAUUAUCUUGUUCUUGUUUAUGGAGUUUAUUUAUAUGUUCUGUUACCACUUCUACCUGCAGACACUCGAGUCCACCGUGGUAGACAAGAUGUCUGUGUGGGUCAAGUGCUUGCUGGCGGGCGGCGACGACCAAUGUUGCUGUUUCUAUGGCAUCAACCGCCGUGCCAAACAGAUCUGGCUGACGUCAUUCUUCUUCCACAACCGAUUCUACUCGAUCAAUCUGUCGCUGUCUUCCAAAACCAGCAUGUCAUCGUCGGCGCCCACUACUGGCAGCACACGUAUGUCACACUUUGGCAAUGGCACCAGCAACCUAUCGCGCACCCUUGAAGAGUCGGCCAGUGGUGAGGCUUCCGAUGUUGUCGAGCGCGACAACAAGCCAUCACGUACUGUCACAUUGGCAACUAGCAAUUCCAACAACAACAACAACAAUAACGAACAAAUAUAA